AUGGGUCCGGAGGUUGGCCGCGGCAGCUACGGCACGGUCCACGUGGCGACGCACCGCGACAGCGGUCGCGCAUACGCGGUCAAAGUCCUCAGAAAGUGCCCCGGCGGCAGCCCGCCGGACACGAGCGCGGCGGUGACGCCCGGCGCGACAACAGGCGGCGGCCUGAGCGGCGACGCGGGCGCAGGCACGCCGUCGCUGACGGCGGGCGGGGACGAGGACGAGGGCUGCUGCGCGGAGCCUGACGGCGCCAACCUGGAAGCGAUUGAGCGGGAGGUUCAUGCUUGGACGACGGUGCAGACCCGAGUGGCCGCGCUCGCCGCCACGUCGGUGCAGGGGUCCCAGUUUGUGGCGCGGCUGCACGGUCUUUACGAGGACGAGACGAACGCUUACCUGGUGCAACCGAGCAGCCGCCUGCGCUCAGCGCGCUCCGGCGGAACGGCCCUGGCUCGCGGCGAGGUGCAGCGGGUCCAGCACCCUUGA